AUGAAAGCAUUUAUUCUUUUGGCAUUUCUAGCCUACGUGCUUGUGAACGUCAUCGCUGUUUCGGCGGUAUCACCAAUUGAUGAUGAUCUUGAAAAUGAUUAUGCACUUGAAAAACGAAAUACAUGCGUAUUUAAGAGAAAUGGUGUGAUGAAAAGAACGAUGUCUAAAAAAUGUCCUUUCACUCUGGUCAAUGCGAUUUUUGAUACAAAGUGGUCUAAAACAGAAAAGGUUUCUGAUGGUCCAGUUAAAGGUCUUGUGGUCUUUGCUCAAGAUGAAUGUGGUAGAACUACCGUCACAGGUUAUUUCAGUCAUGGUUUCGAUUCGACCAAGAAAUACAAAUUCCUAAUCAUUGAUAACUGUGAAGAUGUCGUCCGUGACAUGACAAAAGGAUUGAACGUAAAAAUAAAUCAUGAUGGCAGUGUCAAGGCCUUCAGUCAUACGUAUGAUGAUAUGAACCUUGAUUGUAAUGAGGAAGGUAUUCUUAUGACGGAAGCAGAAAGUUCUAAAUCUUUAUUAAAACGUAAUUGUAAGGAUCUAUCUAAACGCGCGAAUACGGAUAAAUAUCUUCAAAUUACUGAAGAUGGCAAUAAGAAUAGUAAAGCGAAGCUUCUUUCGAAAAAGAAAUAG